AUGGCCAAACUACAGUCAUGCCUAGUUUUGCUGCAUGCUCUGCUCUGCUUGGCCUGGGGGUUGGACGAUUCUGCCAUCGCAAGGCGCAUCAGAAAUGACAGCAGCGCCCAUAAGGAAGUUCCAAGGACCAGAUCGCUGCAGAGGAGAGACGUCAUUAUCCACGCGGCACCGGGUGACUCGGAGCUGCUCAAGGGCUACCUUCACGACGCCAUCAGGGACUCUGAAGAUGUCAUGUCAAAUAUGAUAUCCCACCUGGAGCUCAUCAUCGACAUGUUCAACGAACACGGAGAUUUGAAACAGGACAAGAGAACAGAGGAAUCGCGUACCUGGGACGAGAACAACGCGUACCUUACUUUCAAGUGUGAGUUUAAUGCUGCGUGGAAUAACGAGCCGGGGAGCUUCCCCCCGAUGGACAUUGUGCUUUCGGAGAAGACGGUAUUCUCCGAUCGCGACCCCUGGGGUCGAAACUACCAACAGGCCUCCCAGAGUUCGGCACCAGGUUAUUUCCUGUUCCGUCGGGACAUGGCGAGGAACGACGGCGUGUGGAUCUACCACGAUGCCUUGUGCGCUUCUCUCGACGCACCAAAUUGGGGCAUACCAAGGUACGAAAACCUGAUGGCGUACGUCGUCGGUUCCAUCCAUGAUGCCGAGAGGCCACUUCGUGAGACGAUGGUAUUUUGCGAUAACCACGUGCUGGACUGGGCCGCGGCGGAUAGUCGCGGAGACGCCGGCGACAGGACGAGCUACAGGGAUCUUCAUGUCCCCAUCGGAGGCGCCAUGGCAAGCCGGACGUCCGGAUCGGCGUUGCGUCUGAUGAGCACCAUCGACCCCAACAAGCAGGCCAACUACUUGGGCGAUUUCUUCCUGACGACCUUUAUCCGUGAGGCGGCAAUGGCCCAGGCGUUUUGUGGCAUCGGAAACACGCUUGGUAUUCAAUCAUGCGAUUUUGGUACGACGAAGAACCUCGCGUGUCUGCAAAUGCUCAGCGGGGGGAUUGUUCGUCAUGACAAGGAACACCUGGUCCGCUUUCGGGAGUCGAUGGACUUUCCUUCGGCCAGGGACGCACACGCAUUUGCCAUGUAUGCGAUGGCCGUGUACGCCAACGCGAUGAACCGGACGCAGAUGGCGCUGCUCUUGUCGGAGGUGGAGCAAGUUGCGGCCAACGUGAUUGUUGCGUCUGCACGCCACGGAUAUGAAAUGCUGGGUACGAUGCUGGUGGACCAUUCGGAUGCUUGCAAGAAGGCUGGGUGGAAUCGCAUCAUUCGGUCCUGUGCUUCCUCGGCAUACUGCGAGCAAGUGUUGAACAGCAUGGGUCAUUCCGUUCCUGCAAUAUUGCUCUCUGGCACUCGGGAGGGCGAGGCCGGGUCGCGGGACUUGAUCACGGCUGGGACGUCCAGGCAUCAGGGUCGGAAUGACUGUCUCCUGGUCCUCGGUAUCGAGAAGCGCUGA